AUGUUAACAGGCCAGGCAAUGGCCUGGAUAACCAGGCUUCCUAGGAACUCGAUUGACUCGUUCGAGGACCUAGACCGAACUUUCCGGUUGAAUUUCGCAACAAGCAAGGCGCAUCCAAUGCCGGCCUACGCCUUGGGAAGAAUCCGAAAAAAGGAGAAUGAAUCAUUGAGGAAAUACCUCAAUAGGUUCAAAGAUGCCACCCUAAAGGUUCAGAAUUUAACUGAGCCAGUACACUUGCAUCUGAUCAUCUCGGGAUUAGAUGGCGAUUCUCCACUGGCGAAGUCAAUUUACAAGAACCCGGUCAAUGACCUGGAGGAGUUCCGACGAAGGUCGGACAAAUACAUUGAUGUGGAGGACAUGCAGAAGGCUUAUGGGGAAUCCAGAGGUCGAAGCCCGAAUAACAAGAGUCCAAGCAAGAAAAACAAAGACCGGGAUCAACGGGGGGCGAAGAAGGGAAAAGACACUCGGGAGAAUAGGUCGGAUGACCGAUCCCCAAGGAGCAAAUAUGAUGAUUACACGCCUUUGAACAUGUCCAGGUCUAGGAUAUGGAAAGAGGUGGCCCAGACUGAAAUGCGCAAUGUCGAGAGACCUCGACCCCUGAAAGCCAAGAGUGGAUUGGAUAGAAACAAAUACUGCGCUUUCCAUGACCAGAACGGUCACAUCACGGAUGACUGCUGGGACCUCCGAGAUGCCAUCGAAAAACACAUCAGAGAGGGGAAAUUGAAACAAUACAUCAUCAGAACUCAGGGCAAGAAGAAUAAUAAGCGAAGGCGGAGAAGCCAGAGCCUAAGUCGGAGCCUGAAGAGAGAGGAUAGAAAGGAUCAGAGACAAGACCGCCCUACAAAGGGCAAAGAGGUCGAAGAUAAAGAUGAGGUUUUUCAGGAAGCCGAAUUUGAGUGCAACGUGAUAAGCGGAGCUCUGGGUGGAGGAGGAGACACGGCCAACGCAAGAAGAAAGUACCUGAAGGAGGUCAUGUCAGUAAGAGACAGGCCAACCUUCAAAGGGAAACCCAACAAUUCUACCCCCCAAGACUGUUCUUCACUCAGGAGGAACUAG